CCGUAGUAUUUGAGCUCCUUUAUCCCUUCUCAAGGGAUACACAAAUCCCACCAAAACUUGGGGCUUAUGCAAAUGCUGACCGGAUUGUGGGAAGAUUUUACCAUUACAUCCCUAAAAUCAUCCCCCAGAACGGCUCAGACUCCUCCAUUGGCAAGGGCAAAGGUUUCAUCGGUGGCCGAUUGUUCGGUGGAUGUCGAAAAUGAGGUGGGUGAAAUCAAAGUGCAAUUGCGGAAAUCAGAGAGUGAUUGUCGAAUCUGUCAUCUGAGUUUGGAGAGUACUGGUCCUGAGUCUGAGAUUGCCAUUGAAUUGUGUUGUUCUUGUAAGGAUGACUUAUCAGCAACUCAUACGCAUUAUGCUGAUACUUGGUUCAAGAUUAAGGGAAACAAGUGA